AUGUCGCUCGUUGCUGGCGCCACGCUCCUCAACGGCAUCGGCCAUCUAGCCAACCUUGGCCAAUUCGUGGAGAUAGGCCAAGGCCAGGCUUUCCAACGGGAGCAGAUGCAGUGGGCGCGCCGAGCUUACUGCCUUGACUCGAGGGCUUUGAGGAUUGAUCUUCUCAAUGCGGUCAAGGAGGAUGUCCGGGAUCACCACCAGACAUAUGCCAGCAGAAUCGACACCCUGCUGUUGGUGCACACCCUGCUGCUCACCUUUGCGCUGGCCACGCUGCAGUACUCGGACCAGUUUGUGCCAGUGUCAGGCUGCGUGGAAUGCGAAGAGAACGAGCAUCCUUGGUUGGUAACCUGUUGGGUGUACGCCGUUUCCGGCAUUUUGAUCCUGCCCUUUUGGGGCAUUGUUAUGCUGAUUUGGAGCAAGCUCCAGCUGGACCAUUGGCUGGAGGACAGAUCUCAGAGACCUGCCCUUGCAGUUCAAGCGUGUGAUUCUUUGGCAGAGCGGCUCUGGGGCCAUUUUGGGCGUGCAGGAUCUCUGUCUCAUACGUAG